AUCCGGAAUCAAAAUUUCAAAGUCACAUAAUCUGCAAAAAUGACGUUCGUGUAUUUAUGAUAUGUUCCAAGGUAGACAUUCAAUAUUGAGUCUAUUUGAAGAAAAAACUCAGAACAGUAGAACACCCAAUUUACUAAUGAAGAGUCCAGAGAGAAUCGUGAGACAUAUAAAAAUAAAGGAUUCGAACGAUCUGGAACAAGUUUUUCAAAUGGGAACUGAAAUAGGCGAAGGAGGAUUCGGGAAAGUGAUAGCAGUUAAAGAGAAGAAUACGAAUGCUAAAUGGGCUAUGAAAAGUAUAUCUAAAUCUUUGUCUGGUCUCAAGCUAGUUUUCUUACAAAGAGAAAUACAGAUCUUAAAAAUGGUAAAUCAUCCCCACAUCGUUUAUUUAGACAGAGUUUACGAAAGUACUAAAAAGAUAUACCUGAUCAUGGAAUUGUGUAAUGGAGAGCUGUGGGUUCUAUUCAAGGAAAGAAAACCAUUUUCUGAAAGUAUUUCGAAAAGAAUAACUACAGACCUUGUAAGCGCUGUUGCAUACUUACAUAAAAAUGGUUCACCUAAAUCAAUCGCUGCCGUGAUUACCAUUGAUGAAGGUGUAACACCCCAACCCGUUACUAAUGCUGAAGACUGGAAGAUAGUGGGAAAGCGAAGAAAAUCGGAAUCAAAUGUCAUAAUCAAAAAGGUCAACGAAACACCAUCUGACUCAAAUGUAAAAGAACCCAGGAAGUUCGGCAAGCCAAUAAUUGGCUCCUUGGAUUCUAAGGCACUUGCAAGUGUACCUAAAAUGAAGCUGUCUCAUGUUCAUGUGUCUAGGCUCGGUCCCUCAACAUCUGCCGAGGACUUAAAGAAAAUUUUUGUACUGAAACCAUCGUUUUGGCCUAAAGAUAUCGUCCACAGAGAUAUAAAGCUUGAGAAUAUCUUGCUUGCGAAAAAUCCAAAUGACCCUUCAGAUGAAUAUUUCAUCAAACUGUCUGAUUUUGGUUUGAGUGUCAUUAAAACUGGUACUGGCAUCGAAAGCAUGCUUCACGAUUGCUGUGGAACAGCCCUCUAUAUGGCCCCAGAAAUGCUAUCUGGAUCAUACAGUCAUCAGUGCGAUGUUUGGGCAAUCGGAGUAAUUAUAUACCUGUUGCUUUAUGGCGUUUACCCAUUUUUCUCUUCCAAUGAGAAGGAAUUAGCACGAAAAAUAAUGAAAGAUGAAGUCACCUACCCGCUUUCGAAAAUUUCUACUGACGCAGUGGAACUCAUAAAGCAAGCACUCAAAAAAGAUCCGGCCUAUAGAAUCACGUCAGCGGAAAUGUUAGAUUCUAAAUGGUUGGCCGGAGGAAGUGGAAGAGGAAAUAAUAUGAUGGACAUGAUGAAGGAAUGGAGAGAUGAAAUAAUGGCUCCUAUGGGAGAAGAGAGUGAUUGGGUGUCAAUGGCAGAGACGAGGACAAUAAGAAUGCAUUCAUAUAGUGGUGAUAAACCAAUUCCUUUGAAAAGACCAUCCAAUCCCUUGACCAAUACAUAAUAAGUGAAAUUAAGCUAAUCUAAAGAUCUAGAUGAAACAUUCUGUUAUGUGACUCAAUAAAAAAUAAAAUGAAAACUAAA